GAAACCUAAGCUAGAAAAGAAAAGAAAAGAAAAGAAAAUAAUUGAUCGUUGAAGAAAAGGAAAUUGUGAAAAUGGAAGGAGCAAAGAAAGCUGGAGAGUCCAUCAAGGAAACAGCUGCUAACAUUGGUGCUUCUGCCAAGUCUGGCAUGGAGAAGACCAAGGCCACUGUCCAAGAGAAGACAGAGAGGAUGACGGCACGUGAUCCUCUGAAAAAGGAGAUGGCAACCCAGAAGAAAGAUGCAAAGAUCAACCAGGCCGAGCUAGAGAAGCAGGCGGCGCGUGAGCAUAACGCGGCGGCCAAACAGUCGGCCACGGUUGGGCACAUGGGGCAAGGCCACUACACGACUGGGACCGGAACAGCCCCGUAUUCCACCACCGGGGAAUAUGGACAACCCAUGGGGGCCCACCAGACGUCAGCAAUGCCUGGCCAUGGAACUGGACAGCCCACGAGCAAUGUCACCGACGGAGUGGUGGGCUCACACCCCAUUGGGACGAAUACGGGCACGGGUCGGACCACUGCCCAUAAUACCCGCGUGGGUGGAAAUCAAAAUGCCUCAGGGUAUGGGACCGGGGGUACUUACUCUUAAAUAAUAAUAAUAAUAAUAAUAAUUAUAGCUAAGGGUGUGGAUUAUGUUAUCGUUCAGUCAUUGAGUUGUUUAUUUCGUUUCCUCUUCCUUUUUUUGUUAAGGGAGCAGUUACUGUGUGGUUUUACACGAUACUCGCGUUUCUACUUGUACGUCUCUGAGUUUUUAAGUGUCAUGUCAUGAAGUUGUAACUUCACUUUGUUUCAACAAAUAAAUAA